UUUAUUCCUUUUCAGUUUAAAACGUAUCUUUUCUUGAGGAUUCUGGGCUAAAAAUAAGAAAAAUUUUCUCUUAAAUGCUUUUGUCUAGUCUUCGCAGAUCUCUGGAAAGACUCCACCCUCCCGGGGCAGAAACUCAAAUUCUGGGUGGGAGGCCCGGGGCUUAACGCAGGCCGGGGCUCUGCGGGAGGAAAACCCAUCCUGUGUCCCAGACACGGAGACCUGGACCCGCCCCGCCCUGUACAGAGUGCCCUUGACUUACGAACUCAGUUCGUUCCGAGGUCAACGGCCUUCAAAGUCUCUCCCAUACAGUUUUAGGCCACACUUUCUUCCAGGCAGGCCCGUGUCCUUAGACACGGUCCCAGGGUUUCUCAGUGAACCCCACACAGGAGAGGACGCUGUCAUGUUCCUUCCAGAGCUCUUUAGAGUUAGAUCUGUAUCUGAGACCAUCUGGAAGCACAAGCUGUGGCACUUGGGUCGUAACUCAAGACUUUGUUCCUAAGUUAAAACUGAAAUUCUGGUCAUAACUCCAGUUGUUCGCUUCCCAGGCCAGUCGUAACUCGAGGGCCCACUGUACACUGUUUCUAUAAUCUUACUAUGUGAGUGCCACAUACCCUUCCCAGAACAGCACAAACCUCCGACCCUAAGGGCAGAGGACAGGCGGCUGUGCUGGCCUCGCAGCAUGCACAAGGUCCCCAGUAUCAUGCUUGGGGGGUUGAGUCGCCAGACUUAGCGGAGUUGCUUCCUGUACACACAGAGGGGCAAGCAGUGUCGAUGACUCUCGAGCAGCAGGAACGACAGGAUGGGCACUCAGCCCAGAAGGAGGGAAACCACAGGAGCCACCCGCUUCCGGGAACCUUGGGUGGGGUGGUGGUGGGCGCUGUCCAGUGGGGCCCUGCUGAGCCUCCUCCUGGGACCACUUCCGGCCCGUGGCCAUGAAAAGGCCACCAGGAACACUGUCCCUGUAAAAAGCCAUGUGGAGGGACACGUGUGUGGGUGGGAGGCUGUCAUGGCAACACACAGCCCUGUGAGUGAGAGUGUGCGUGCGUGUGUGUGGCCAUUUCCAUGUGGUCAACAAAGUCAGGAAGCAGGCGGAAGACCUGAUCCGUGCCUCUCCCCCACCCGAACAGCGUCCCUGCCUCCUUCCCCUGGGCUGGUGGCCUUUCGGGACUGACUCGAGUGGUGGCUCUUUCCCCCCAGCCCGGAAGUGUGUGCCCUGGGCCUUGCUGGACCUGGAGCCGGGCACCAUGGACAGCGUGCGGUCAGGCCUGGGGCAGCUGUUCCGGCCUGACAGCUUCAUCUUCGGACAGAUGGGCGCCGGCAACAACUGGGCGAAGGGCCACUACACGGAGGGCGUGGAGCUGGUGGAUGCGGUGCUGGACGCUGUCCGGCGGGAGUGUGAGCGGUGUGACUGGCAAGGCUUCCGGCUGGUGCGCUCACAGGGUGGUGGCACGGGCUCAGGCGGCACACUGCUGCUGGGCACACUGCUGCUGGGCACACUGCGGGAGGAGGUCCCUGACCGCGUGGUGAACACCUUCAUUGUGCUCCCAUCGCCCAAGGUGCCGGACACCGUGGUGGAGCCGUACAACACGGUGUUGUCCGUGCACCAGCUGGGGGAGCACACAGACCAGACCUACGACAUCUGCUUCUGCACCCUCAAGCUGGCCAUGCCCACCUACAGCAGCCUCAACCGCCUGGUGUCGGUCACUAUGAGCGAGGAGACCACGUCCCUGCACUCCCUGGGCCAGCUCAAUGCCAACCUGCACAAGCUGGCCACAAACAGGGUGCCCUUCCUGCACCUGCACUUCAUGCCCGGCUUUAAGCCCGACUGUGUGGGGCGGCCAGCAGUACCACGCCGACCACCCGAGCUGGCCCCGAUGUUCAACGCCAAGAACUUGAUGGCCACCUGCAACCCGUGCCAUGGCCGCUUCCUCACUGUGGCCACUGUCUAUGGCCGCGAGUCCAUGCAGGAGGUGGAUGAGCAGAUGCUGGCCGUCCAGAGCAAGCAAGGCAGCUGCUUCGUGGAGUGGAUCCCCAACAAUGUCAAGGUGGCUGUGUGCGACAUCCCGCCGCGCGGGCUCAGCAUGUCGGCCACCUUCAUCAGCAACAGCACGCCCGUCCAGGAGCUGUUCAGGCGCCACAUCUCAGAGCAGUUCAUGGCCAUGCUGCGGUGCCCGGCCUUCCUGCACUGGUUCACAAGCGAGGGCAUGGACAGGAUGGGAUUCACCGAGGCCGAGAGCAAUGUGAAUGACCUGGUGUACAAGUACCAGCUGUACCAGGAUGCCAUGGCCAAUGAUGGGGACGAGGCCUUCUCACCACACACAUAGCAGUGUGACGGAGGGCACCGGCCGGGCACCUGCGGGAAACCUCACCACAGGGCUGAGCCGCAACUCCAGGCCCAGCCCGAGUGCCUGCCGCCAGGACGCCUGUCCGCUGUCGGUCCUCCCUGACCACAGUUCACCAGCACUGGCACCACGGCCUGCAACGCUGGGCACAUGGAGCAGCUGCUCUCACCUCGAGGGCAGGCGCCAAACCCUCAGACUAAGCGGGCAGAACCCUAACGGGGCUCCAGCUGGCCACCUCCCUGGCAUCUGGCAGGGACAGAGGUGGGGACCCCAGCCCUUCUGCGCGGCACUGGGUACAAUGGGACGCUGGUAAGGGGAUGAGCUGAAGGACCCCGCUCUGUACAACAGGAGCUGGGCUUGGGAUCCACACAGGCACCAGGAGACAUCUCCAGGCCCCUGGAGAGCAAGCAGGGGAGGGAGCAUGUGUGGCCUGGGACCCAGAGAUAACACCAGAUCCUAACUCCAAG